AUGGCUCCCGAACUAAGAAAGAGAAAGCCGGCUGCUGAGCCCACCAAGCCAGCUCCCAAGGCCGAGAAGCCCGCGACCAAGGGCAAGCGCAAGGCUGCCGAAGAUGCUUCUCCCGCUUCCGCAAAGAAGUCUAAGCCCGCCAAAGCUGCCCCCGCGCCGAAGCCUGCUCUGAAGAAGACCACAAAGGCCAAGGAAGACGCUCCCAAAACGAACGGCAAGAAGAAGGCUGCCGAGCCGGUCGAGGAGCCCGCCGAAGAGGUCGCUGAGAACGAAAACGACGACGAUGAGAACGAGGGUGCGCAGGUUCUCGCUACUGAGUUGGACUCUGGGGAUGACGAGGCCGACGGUGUGACGCUUUUCGAAGAGGGCCAGGACGUUGGCAAGAUCCCCAGCGUCUCCAAGGCUGUCCGUGAUGCCGCCAGCAAGGCCCCGAGUGGCGAGACCGGCGUCAUCUACAUUGGCCGUAUCCCCCACGGAUUCUACGAGCACGAGAUGCGCCAGUACUUUUCGCAAUUCGGCGCCAUUUCCCGCCUGCGCCUGUCGCGCAACAAGAAGACGGGCGCAAGCAAGCACUUUGCCUUUGUCGAGUUUGAAGAGCAAAGCACCGCCGAGGUUGUCGCUAAGACCAUGGACAACUACCUGCUGUUUGGCCACAUCCUCAAGUGCCAGGUCGUGCCCAAGGAGCGCCUCCACGACAGCGUGUGGAAGGGCGCCAACCGCCGCUUCAAACAGGUGCCCUGGAACAAGAUGGCCGGCAAGAAGCUCGAGAAGCCCCGCACCGAGUCUGCAUGGGGGCUCAAGGUCGAGCGCGAGAAUAAGAAGCGCGCCGACAAGGCUGCCAAGCUCAAGGCUCUCGGCUACGACUUUGACGGCCCCGAGAUCAAGGCCGUCCCGGCGCCCGGCGCUCCGCCUGCCGCAGAGGAUGCCGAUGCCACCGAGAGCGAGGAGGUUGCUGAGGCUGCUCCCGCCGAGGAGGAGCCCAAGACCGAGGAACCCAAGGCCAAGUCUCCCAAGGUAACAAAAGCCAAGGGUGGGAAGGCCAAGAAGGCCAAAGCCUAA